CGCAUUUUCGGCUUGUGACCUAUAAGCCCAGAUAUUACAUGUCCACCAGAUUGGGAAGGAUCCAUUUUGGUGGGCCCUAUCCAGCUAAUCAACUAAGGCGCACGAGUGCGAAAAAGAUCGCUAUUACCAAAUCCCUCUCGUUCACAUUUUUUCCCCCAAGUAUUUAUGAAGAAUUGGGAAACUUCUUUAAAGCCCCAAUACGUUCGUUCUUGGAGGCUGCACCACGCAAAAAAUUAGCCCUAAGAAAGAGAGGUAAAACCAGUUUUGAUUAUACUGGAAGAGAACGAAGAUCAGAUAUGGCUUCCGAGAUUGAGACUAGCAGCUGCGGCGUCAUUCACGUGUCUGUUGACGACGAUGAGCAACUUCUAUCUCCGACGGGGUCGUCUUGGAGAUUGAAUCUCGACAAGUUUCGUCUCCGUCGAGAAAGAAGCUCUCAUGCUCGUAGUGGUUCUCCUCCCGCCUCUCAUCGUCAGCAUAAUCAUGUUUCUCGCUUUUCUUUCCGUCGUCUGCUUCCGACUCCAAGGAAGCAACGCAAGGUUUCAGAAUAUUACAAAAAACAAGAAAGUCUGCUUGAAGGUUACAAUGAGAUGGAGACCAUGACGGAGUUGGGUUGUUUUCCCGGAAAUGCUACAGAGGAUGAAAUGAAGCAACUGGAGAAGAGUGAGAGAAUGGCAGUUCAUAUUUCAAAUGUAGCUAAUAUGGUGCUAUUUGCAGCAAAGGUUUAUGCUUCUACUGAGAGUAAAUCACUGGCAGUAAUUGCAUCAACUCUGGACUCUCUCUUGGAUCUCAUGUCAGGCUUUAUUUUGUGGUUCACUUCCUAUGCCAUGAAAAAGCCAAACCACUAUCACUAUCCCAUUGGAAAGAAGCGGAUGCAACCGGUGGGUAUCAUUGUUUUUGCAUCUGUGAUGGCCACUCUUGGUUUACAGAUCCUGCUAGAGUCUGGUCGGCAACUUAUUGCCAAGGUGGGACCUAAAAUGAACAAAGAGGAGGAGAAAUGGAUGAUAGGGAUAAUGGUUUCUGUCACCUGGGUGAAGUUUAUGCUAAUGAUAUAUUGUCGGAGAUUCAAGAAUGAAAUAGUUAGAGCUUAUGCUCAAGAUCAUUUCUUUGAUGUUGUAACAAAUUCAAUUGGUCUUGUAACGGCUGUCCUAGCCGUCCGAUUCUUUUGGUGGAUCGAUCCUACUGGAGCUAUAAUAAUAGCAGUGUACACAAUCAACACAUGGGCAAGGACAGUGCUCGAGAAUGUAAAUUCACUGAUAGGAAGAACAGCUCCUCCUGAAUUUCUAGCAAAGUUAACUUUUUUGAUUUGGAAUCAUCACCAAGAGAUUAAGCACAUUGACACAGUGAGGGCUUACACUUUUGGCUCCUAUUACUUUGUGGAGGUUGAUAUUGUUUUGCCUGAAGACAUGCUCUUAAACCAGGCUCAUAAUAUUGGUGAAACUCUUCAAGAGAAGCUUGAACAACUCCCUCAAGUUGAAAGAGCUUUUGUGCAUAUAGAUUUUGAGUUUACUCAUAGGCCUGAACAUAAAUCCAAGGUCUAAUUCUCAUGCUGGUGAGUAAUUGCAAGUUCUAGUACUUAGUUGCUUUUUUUGUUAUUUUUGCUUUUCUUACCCUUUUGUAAACAUUAAUUAAAAAAAUGUAUUUAUUAUACUCUCGUCUAAUCUAAAGUUUUAUUCUUUGUUUUCAA